AUGUCCAACAUCCUCGAUGCGGCGGUCAGAGUCAGAUGGGACCGCACGGCUGCGGCGAAGCGAGCCGUGUUUCUCGCAGCAGCUGCUUACGGCGUCAAAACACUGUACCCCAUCAUCUGCAGGCAGCUGAGCAGAGGCAUUGAUCCCGGGAGCAGCCGGCUCUCCAAGGCGGAGAACGGAUCGACGUGUUCGGGAAACGCGCAGCCGGAUGCAGCGGAUCGCAGGAAGACAUCGCCGGGGGUGAACGCGGCGUUUUUCAAGCAGAUCCUCGAACUUGGUAAAAUCCUUUUCCCCAAACUCGUCUCCAAAGAGCUGGCUCUGCUCUCUCUGCACUCGCUGGCACUGGUGUCCAGGACGUUUCUGUCCAUAUACGUGGCGAGCCUCGACGGUAAGAUCGUGAAAACCAUCGUGGAGAAGAAGCCCCGGAGAUUCAUCCUCCAGCUGAUCAAAUGGCUCCUCAUCGCCAUCCCGGCCACGUUCGUCAACAGCGCCAUCCGGUUCCUAGAGUGCAAGCUGGCUCUGGCCUUCCGCACCCGGCUGGUGAACCAUGCCUACCGGACCUACUUCACCGACCAGACCUACUACAGAGUGAGCAACAUGGACGGGAGACUGGCCAAUCCGGACCAGUCGCUCACCGAGGACGUGAUGAUGUUCUCCCAGUCGGUGGCUCACCUCUACUCCAACCUCACUAAGCCCAUCCUGGAUGUGGUGCUCACCUCCUACACGCUGAUCCAAACCGCCAGGUCCCGGGGGGCCAACGCCACCGGUCCGACCCUGUUGGCCGGGCUGGUGGUGUUCGCCACGGCGAAGGUGCUGCGCGCCUGCUCGCCCAGGUUCGGUAAGCUGGUGGCCGAGGAGGCUCACAGGAAGGGCUACCUGCGCUACGUGCACUCCAGGAUCAUCGCGAAUGCUGAGGAGAUCGCUUUCUACAGGGGUCACAAGGUGGAGAUGCGUCAGCUGCAGAAGUGCUACCGGGCUCUGGCCGACCAGAUGAACCUGAUCCUGUCCAAGCGUCUCUGGUACAUCAUGAUCGAACAGUUCCUCAUGAAGUACGUGUGGAGCAGUAGCGGCCUCGUCAUGGUCGCUGUGCCCAUCAUCACAGCCACCGGCUUCGCUGACAAUGAAACAGCCGAUGGUCAGACGCAGGUGAUGGUGAGUGAGAGGACGGAGGCUUUCACCACAGCGCGUAACCUCUUGGCCUCAGGGGCAGAUGCCAUUGAGAGGAUCAUGUCCUCCUACAAAGAGGUCACCGAAUUGGCAGGCUACACCGCACGGGUCCACAACAUGUUCGAGGUGUUCGAGGACGUCCAGAGGGGUGUUUACAAGCGCUCUUCGCUAUCGGCCACAACAGGAGCAGAGAAAAAGAGCAAGCCUGAAAUGCACAUAGAUGGACCGCUGGAGAUAAAGGGUGAAGUGAUAGAUGUGGACCAAGGCAUUGUGUGUGAAAAUGUACCAAUCAUCACACCCAAUGGGGAUGUAGUGGUGUCUUGCUUGAAUUUUAAGGUGGAGGAGGCCAUGCACCUAUUGAUCACAGGGCCUAACGGCUGCGGGAAGAGCUCUUUGUUCAGGAUCCUCAGCGGCCUGUGGCCCGUUUAUGGCGGACGACUACACAAACCCUCUCCUCAGCAUAUGUUCUACAUCCCUCAGAGGCCCUACAUGUCCAUGGGUUCACUGCGGGACCAGGUGAUCUACCCAGACUCCGUGGAGGACAUGGCUGCCAGGGGCAUGGGUGACAAAGACCUGGAGGCCAUCUUGGACAUCGUCAACCUCAACCAUAUUGUCACCAGAGAGGGAGGCUGGGAUGCUGAGCUGGACUGGAAGGAUGUGCUGUCAGGGGGCGAGAAGCAGAGGAUGGGCAUGGCUCGCAUGUUUUACCACAGGCCUAAAUAUGCCCUGCUGGAUGAGUGCACCAGCGCUGUGAGCAUUGACGUGGAGGGAAAGAUUUUCCAGGCUGCCAAGGACGCCGGUAUCUCCCUGCUCUCCAUCACGCACAGACCCUCCCUGUGGAAGUACCACACCCACCUGUUGCAGUUUGACGGCGAGGGAGGCUGGCGCUUUGAGCAGCUGGACACGGCGACACGCCUCUCCCUCACUGAGGAGAAGCAGCGGCUGGAAUCGCAGCUGGCCGGCAUUCCCGAGAUGCAGCACCGGCUCAACGAGCUCUGCAAGAUCCUAGGAGAUGACUCUGUCCUCAAAACAGCAGAGGAGUGAGAGAGUAAGAGAAAUGAGAGGGGGGAGGCAGGGGAGGCAGGGGCCCAGAGGGGAAAUAGAGACAAGCGAGUGAGAGCAGGAGAAGUGGAGGGAGAUGGGGAGAGGAGAGUGUGGGAGAUGAAGAGGCAAUGAAAGAAAAAAUCUGGAGGGGGUUUGUUAGUGGUUUUUUUUAGUUUUUUGUUUAGAUUUUUUUUCUUUUGCUCCGAGCCCCUUCUGUCAAAGCAGGGGAGCUCUAAUGCCAACUUGUCUUUCAGCUCUCAGCUCUCCCUCUUCUUCUUUUUCAUCUUCCCAUUCAGAGAAGUGGAGGGGGGGGAGGGGUGUUGAAGCGGAUUGACCAGUAUUGUUCCCCCCAAUGUGACGCACACAUUAUGACUGCCGUAUACCUUAAACGCAUGGUUUUAGCGUAUGUAUACAUCCACUGCAAGAUGAUUUAGCAGAAGGGUCAAAUCUUGGUUCAUUUGUUGUUUUACAGCACUUUACUCUGCUUUAGAGGCUUUUUGUCUUUGUUGUGGUCGCUCGUCGUGAAAUAAGUUGAUCGCUUAUUAGCUGGAAAACGUUUUAAUAUAGAGCCACUAAAUGAUGUCCAAAGCAGUAUUUCAAUCCACACCCAGUGUGCGGGCUCUGCAGGAUCCCCGUUUGUUUUUACUUCCGGUAUAUUUUUAGCUUUUACUGAAUUUAAUGUGACCUCUUUGUUCGCAAGGGGGUCACAAGAGACUGUCCUUAGAAAUGUCACAAUAUGCCUUUGCUUGGUUUGUGUACAAUAUCCAGCCGCAGUACAAUCCUUCACUCCAUACCUCAUUUUAGCUCCUGGUAACUUAAUAUACAAGACCCCCUGAACUACUCAUAGGCUAGGCCAACAAAUAAAAAAUAAAGAGGUCUGUUGUUAGAGUGAUUAGUGACGAGGCUCUGACUCCAAAACUAUAUGAAAACAAACACAAUGGGCUGAAGAGGCCCCUCUUCAAAGGAGGAGGAGCGGGCAGUCCGCUGCAAACACUCACACAAAUAAAGUACACUGCAGGUGAGCAGGUAACCUUUCAGACAGUGUCAGAUUCAGUUCCAAACACUGGCCACCUGUCGAAGUUCACCCUCCUCAUCCUCGCCGUGUUGAGACAAAACACACUAGUGUGAGAUGCCUGCUGGGACUCUGCUUUGCCAGCAGAGCCGCUCGUGCUCUGCGAGUUCUCCUGAGCCCGGGCGCACAUGAACGCACGGUGGUACUGGACCAUGAGCUGAUAACCAAUCAGCAGCUUCUGCAGUGAACAGAGACCUCAUAUACAUUCGGAUAUAACAUACAAAGAUUUUAUUUCUCAACUCUGCAAUGUAAGCAGAUUAAUCGCUUAAUAUCAUGAAGUGUAUGGUUACAUGCACGUAAAUAUCCCAGUUUAUACAUUUUAUUAUGUUAUAUUAUAUGAGGCCUAAUUGGGUGUACUAAAUUUGCAUGUUCUGUUAUUAGGCUAAUAUUCAGAGGAUCAGGCUGGUUUAUCGACUGAAACGCUUUAAUAGUUGACGUGAGGUUCUGUUGUUUUUCCUUCUGCUGUCAACGUUCGAUUGUUUUUCCUCCGUGUUUGUUACCAGCAACUUACCUGAAGUUGUGAUACUGUGAAAGUAGUGAUUUAUCACAUUAACAUUGUUUUGUUUUGUAUGAGAAAACACUGUGUUUUUUCAUGUGCUGGUUCUAAGCUGUGUCUGCUUAAGUUAUGUACAGUGUAUUAUUUUCUUUUCGUGGUUCAGACCCCUACGCUUAAAUAUCAGGACCCUCGCGCUACAUCCAUACUGCUACCCUCUAGGAUCACUCUUUUCUCCUUCAGUCUUUCAGCUGCAGAGAAACAAUCUGAUUUCAGUUUACACCUGAACACACGUCUCCAGAGCACAUACAUUGACAAUAAUUAUUUCUGAUAUGGAGCUAAAAGAUCAUUUUAGAUUUAAAACAAAAACAUAUUAUUAUGGUUGUAGCCUCAGAUUGUUCUGGGUUCAGUGGGACAGAGGAUCACGUCCUCCAUUGUCCCAUUCCUUUAUCAUCCUCAGAUUUCACUAUAGACACAUGGACUUCAAUGUGUGCUUUCAUUCAUCCUGGUUCUAAAUCAAAACAAGUGAUUGAAAUGAUCAAUAACACCAAAAAAACACAUACACUUAAAUUGUGUUUUUGUUCUGAGCGACACUGAAAACCUUUACUUCACCUUUAAUUUUACGUUUCUUCCGUAGAAUUAAUUAACAUGUGAUGUAGCACAUUAGAAAUGUGUUUGUAGUGAAAUCUUUUUACAUUUUAAUUACAUCAUCCAAAUGUUGCACAAACAGGGGUACACAGGAUUUCUUUUGGAAAUGUUCCUGUACCAUUUUACUCUUCUGGACACAGAUAUCUGGACUUUGUGUAUGGGCCGAUACUAAUACGAUUCAUAUUUACAGCUUGAAAUUUAGCCAAAUUCCUGAUAUUUUUGCAAGUUCUGGCAAAUGCUACACUACUGGAAAUAAUAUCGUUAGUAUCAGUGGUAUCAGUGACCCGGCCGUUUUAGCAGUGUGAGUCUUUUCCUGGAACGUUUACAAUAUCUUUAUCUCAAUGUCACACUGUACUGAUACUAGUCCAUGUCACUGCCAAGGUGCAGGGCACAGUGUGAUAAUAUGAAGUCACGUCACUGGUUCAUCUGCCGCUGUUUAUUUAAUGUGCAGGCUGAUGCCCUCAUGUAGGUUUCUUUUCAAAGAGAGUGGACAAUCAGUUACAUCAUCAGUGAACCGCUAGGUUUCCAACACUAUGGCUUAUUAUUAUAAUUCAGAGAAAUGCUUAAUAACAACUAACUCCACCUUCAUCAUCUAAUUUGCUAUGGACCCUCUAAUGUACACUGUUUCAUAUGCAUGUGAAAGUUUAACAACUCCCUCAGGCCUCUUCUUCAGUCUAAGGCGUAUAAAAGUGCCACAUCCCUCCUCCAUUGAGAAUUCUUUUUUUUUUGAAAAGCUUAGAAACCUCCUCUUUUGGCUUUCAGUUCAGGAGGAAAGAAUUUUAGAGCAUUUGAAUGCAGCUCUGGUCCGAUCAGGACGACGGCUGCAAGUUUACUAAAGUACAAACUGAGACUUUAUUCCCCCCGAAAUGUGACAGAAGACAAAAUGUUAAAUGAAUUCCUUUAACAUCUAAAGGAAUAAUAACUGGAAUGCUCUGAAAGGUAAUAAAAAGAGUGUCUUGGGCAUUAGGUACAGACUCUCUCUGCGCUGUUAGUCAGACUCUGUUGACAGGAGGCCAGACGAGCCGCUGAAUGACGCAGAGUCUGCAAAGAGACACUGGAACAUGAGGUCAGCUCCAGAGCAGAUAGUGUCUGAAAUACAUAGCAAUGAAUAAUGGGCAGUAAUUGGGCUUUAAUCCUCUUGAAAGGGCGGGAUAAGAAAAGAUGAGGUGCCUUAUUACUGCAGUCGUCUUCUUUCGCUUCUGAAAUAGUGUGUUUAUGUGAUAUUACUUUUCACACUACAUAUUUUGUCAUUAACAGGCAAAGAGUGGACUGUGGGUUUAUAGUAGUGAACCCUACAUGUGCGGUGGUAAUAAUUAAAUCAGUUGUUAACUAUUAUCCAAAUGAUCGCAUCGAAGAAACUACAAUAGAGCAAGUCCCCGAAAUCCUACAUCAGUAUUCAUAUGUUAAAUAAUGAAUACAUGCAAUUAAAGACAUUUUGCCUGGGUCGGAACCGAAAGUGGAUGCUGCACGAAGACUCCAGCCUCCAAGUGGUCAAAAUCACGCUGCUAGGGAAAGUGAUAAAAUUGGUGUGGUACUUUUUUGCGUAAUCCUGCUGACAAGUAAACAAACCACCUCCCAAGCGGUGGUGAUAAUGAUCCGUGGGUGAGGUUGUCAGGGAUUAAAACAUGGCACCUCAUCAGUUCUUAUCCCCUCAGGUACCAAGUAAAGAAAGCUCACUACUCUGUGUGACCCUGCUGUGUACAGUCAUGACAUCCUUACUAACAACACUUGGAAACCCUGAUUCUGUGUUUGUAAGUAAGAGAUUGAAUGUGUCCAUCAUGUAUGACAAGACAAUGAAUACAUGUGGUCUAUACAUACAGGUUUUAUUUUUGUUGUUUUACAAUGAAGAGUUUUAUAAUUGUGUUCAUAGUGCAUGUAGAGCUUUCAGAGCUGCGUCGUUGGAUUGACUAGAAAUGUGAUGUGUGAACUGGGAUCACUAGACAGGAAAAUGCUUCUAAAUCUGAAUUGUCACAUUAUUCCAGUGGUGCAGGAAAGUCUGAUCAAUACUUAUGAAAGGUUGAUAGUUUCAGAGAUAUUGAUCCAAGUGUCCUAGAACACAGAACGUGCAGCGAUUCUCCCUCAAAGUCAGGGAUUACUACAGUUUAUAUCUAACACAUAGUUACUUUCAAGAGAGCUCUGUUUGCAAUCAAACUCCAAUAUAUAGACAUAUUUUAUAUUUUGAAUUGCUGUAAUAUUAGCGCAGACCUUCUCUACUGAAAUCUCAUUGUGCAUGUGUAGUGAUCUGUCUUCUUUAAUCUUAGAAUCAUGGGAGGUACAUUGACGUACGGCGCAUCUGUUCAAAAAAAUGUGCAGACGACAGUUUACGUUGAAAGAUGAAGAUGUAUUUUCAUGUAAAUAAAACGAUACACUGCAG